CUCCUCUUCCUCCUCCCCCUCCUCUUCCUCAUCAGAUGUCUGUCAGUUCUCCUGCCUCCUUUCAGCGUGUUUGUCUCCAGGAAAAUGAAGAAACACAAACGUUUCUGGUUUCUGCUGUGGGUGUCUGUUUGCUGCGUUGCACCAGCGUGUUGUUGGCACGACUUGGACAACAGCGAGUAUGACUGCUGGCCUUUGGACAGACCCAACGAGUACAACAUGAUUGACUGUGGAGGGCUGGAGAUGGCCUGGGUCGUCCGUCCUCCGGAGGCGGUGAAGAGCGGCGAGGUGUUCAGCGUCACGUACUCGGUAACGGCCCGGGACUCGUUCUACCACUGGGCCAUCGACAACCGCAUCUUCUCACGCAGUUCCAUAGUGAACGCUGAAGCCGCUCGCUCCUUCUGUGAACAUCAUGAAUGUCCAGCCAACUGGAAAGACGCUGAUGGAGAAAACUGCUGCAUCCACCACGCCAACAUCCACUCCUGUCCGAUGGGAUACAUGACGUCGGAGAGCAUCUGUGGUCCAUGGAUUCCAGAUGAUGGAAAAAUCUUCACUCACACGAUCUCCACCUCUGGGAAGAUGAGCCAGACUAACUGGACAGCCAAGGUGGUUCUGCUGCAUCCUGGCCUGACCUCACUGAUCGCUCACAUCCGAGUGGGUCGCAUGCAGGUGGCUCUGGAGGCCAAGAGCACUGUGCUCCCGGCUGUGGUGUGUGGUGAUGGCGUCUGUGAGGACGCUGAGCACUGCUCCACCUGCCCAGCCGACUGUGGUGAAUGCCCCAUGACGCCGGCCACCAAGCUGGCCAUCGGCCUGCCUCUCAGCCUGCUCUGCCUCUGCUUCACACUGACGGCGAUGUGGCUGUGGUACCAGAAGCAGAAGCUUCUGUGGGACGAGAGCUGGAUUAUUGAUUUCUCCACGAUCAAACAAGACCUGGACGCCCGUCUGACCAUGGGAAGCAUCAUGAGCGCGGUGGUGGCAAACAGUGACAGCAACACCAGCUGUGUCACCGCCCUCAGCUCCUGCACCGGACAAGCAGCGGCACGGAGGACGCCGUUCACCUGCACUGGGCUCUACGACGGCAGGACAGUGGCCAUAAAGAGGAUCCAAACAAAGACUUUCUCUCUGUCCAAAACCAUCAGACAGGAAGUCAAACAAGUCAGGGAACUCGAUCACCCCAACCUGUGUAAGUUCAUUGGCGGGUGUGUUGAAGUACCAAACGUUGCCAUAGUAACAGAAUACUGCCCAAAGGGAAGCCUCAACGAUGUUCUUCUGAACGAGGAGAUCCCUCUGAACUGGGGCUUCAGGUUUUCCUUCGCCGCAGACAUCGCCAGAGGGAUGUCGUACCUACACCAGCACAGGAUUUGUCACGGUCGACUCAAAUCUCUGAACUGUGUGUUAGAUGACCGCUGGGUCUGUAAAAUAACAGACUACGGCCUGAGGACCUAUCGCAGGGACGACGGGGCCGAGCCCCUGUCCACCUACCAGCAGAGGCUCCUGGAGGUUUACAUGCCGCCGGAGUUCCACAGCUCCAGCGUGGAGCCGACUCUGGCUGGAGACGUGUUCAGUUAUUCCAUCAUCCUGCUGGAGAUCGCCACCCGCAGCGACCCUGUACCUGCAGAGGAGUCCAGCCUGGAGUGUGCCUGGUGUCCUCCGCUGCCUGAGCUGAUCUCCAGUAAAGCCGACAACACCUGCCCCUGUCCCUCCGACUACGUGGACCUGAUCCGGCGCUGCCGCUCCCACAACCCCGCCCACCGGCCUACCUUCGAGCAAGUCAAGAAGUUUGUUCACCGCAUCAACCCGAUCAAAGUCAGCCCAGUGGACAUGAUGAUGAACUUGAUGGAGAAGUACAGUAAACACCUGGAGGUGUUGGUGUCCGAGCGGACUCAGGAUUUGAUGCACGAGAAGCAGAAGACCGACCGGCUGCUCUACAGUAUGCUUCCUAAACAGGUGGCUGACGACCUGCGUCAGGGGAAACCGCUGCAGGCUCAGAGCUACGUCAGCGCCACGGUCUUCUUCAGCGACAUCGUGGGUUUCACCCAGCUGUCCAGCAGCAGCACUCCGUAUCAGGUCGUGGACUUCCUCAACAAACUCUACACAACGUUUGACGACAUCAUCGACAACUACGACGUCUACAAGGUGGAGACCAUCGGCGACGCCUACAUGGUGGUGUCCGGCGUUCCCCAGGAGAACGGCAUCCUCCACGCCGCAGAGAUCGCUAAGAUGGCUCUGGACCUGGUGGGCGUUUGUCGCACGUUCAGGAUCCCCCACAAACCCAGCACGCAGCUGCAGAUCCGGGCGGGGAUACACUCAGGUCCAGUGGUGGCGGGAGUGGUGGGGACGAAGAUGCCUCGAUACUGCCUGUUUGGAGACACGGUGAACACGGCGUCUAGGAUGGAGUCCACCAGCCUGGCCCUGAAGGUCCAGUGCAGCUCCAGCACCUUCUACCUGCUGGAGGAGGUCGGAGGCUACGUGCUGGCGUGCAGAGGAACGCUGCAGGUCAAGGGCAAAGGAGACAUGGUGACCUACUGGCUGGAGGGAAAGAAGACGUCAGUGAUGCCCAAGCCAAGCAACCCGGACCCGCUGGAGGCGGAGCAGGACGGGCUGCAUGCGCCCGGGCCCGGCUGCAUGGACGAGGACCUGCUGCUGCUGGACACCAGCUGAUGCCCAGGCUGUGGCUCAUGGGGUUCACCAGCCUGUGGCUUGAUGCCUCUUAAACCAUCUAGUCAAUGAAAAGCUGUAGAAAAGUCACCAUAACACGUCUGAAUGUUUCCACUUGUAGUUGUGACGUGUUUUUAUUUUAAAUGCUGACACAUUUACCGAUUGUUUCGUGCAAAGCAGCAGGUUUUAGGAGUCAGAUAUCAACUGUGUCUGUGUGUUAAAAUCAAUGUUUAUUUAUAUUAGUGAAUUAACAAAUGUUUUGUUCCUGUUGUUGUUUUAACAUGACAAUCAGCUGGUGAAUAAAUGGUUUGUGUUUCAGAA